UCGGCAAGUGUCAGCGGCGGUGGGCAGUCGCGGGGCGGCGUGAUUCCGAUGGGCUGCAGUCAGCUGCUCGUGAUCUUCAGUAUGCGUUGUUUACGACAGAGCAUCGCGUAACGUUAGCAGUAUAGUUAUUAGUAUAUUGAUUAGAGCGAAUCUGUUCACUUAUAGAGCUAUUGGCGCUUCGCCUUUCUCUAGUCGUAGCCCAUCGUGUCAGCCGAGCCUACGUGCCAUGUUAUAGCUACUGUUAUCGUUGGAAGCUGGGAAAAACUUUUUCUUAAUCGACUAGGGUAAGAUAUCCUACUUAGCCACCAUGAUCCACAGCGUUUUCGUCAUAAAUGGCUCUGGGGAUGUCUUUAUGGAGAAGCACUGGAAGAGUGUCAUCCACCGGUCGGUGUGCGACUACUUCUUCGACGUGCAGAAGAAAGCUGCCAGCCCUGAGGAUAUCCCGCCUGUCAUCUCCGCCCCGCAUCACUACCUCAUCAACAUCUACCGUAACAAGAUGUUCUUUGUGGCUGUCACUAUGUCCGAGGUACCACCGCUGUUUGUGAUUGAGUUCCUGCAUCGUGUGGUGGACACAUUUGUGGACUACUUCAGUGAUUGCACCGAGUUCCUUAUCAAGGAGCAUUAUGUGGUUGUUUACGAGCUCCUGGAUGAAAUGUUGGACAAUGGCUUCCCACUUGCAACGGAGUCCAACAUCCUGAAGGAGCUUAUCAAGCCACCUAACAUCCUGAGAACCCUUGCGAACACCGUCACGGGUCGGACAAACCUGAGCAGCACCCUGCCCACAGGCCAGCUGUCAAAUGUUCCGUGGCGUCGAACGGGGGUCAAGUAUGCCAACAACGAGGCCUACUUUGACGUCGUCGAAGAGGUGGAUGCCAUUAUUGACAAGAGUGGUUCGGUCAUCUCUGCCGAGAUCCAGGGAUACGUGGAUUGCUGCAUCAAGCUGAGCGGAAUGCCCGACCUCAGUCUGACCUUUGUCAACCCGCGCCUCUUUGACGACGUCAGCUUUCACCCUUGCGUUCGCUUCCGGCGUUGGGAGUCGGAACGGGUGCUCUCCUUUGUGCCUCCAGAUGGCAACUUCAGGCUCAUGUCCUACCACAUAGGAUCCCAGAGUGUGGUGGCUGUUCCAGUGUAUGUACGACACCAGAUCAGCUUCCGGGAAGCAAGCGGUGGCCGACUCGACAUUAGUAUUGGACCCAAGCAGACUAUGGGAAAAACUGUCGAUGAAGUGGUCCUGGAUGUGCCUCUGUGUAAGACAGUGCUGAAUGUGACCCUGACAGCAAGCCAGGGCAAGUACAGCUUCGACCCAGUCUCCAAGAACCUCAUCUGGGAAGUUGGGCGUAUCGAGCCAGGACGGUUGCCCAACCUCCGUGGAUCAAUGGCCCUGCAGGCUGGUGCUCCACCUCCUGAUGCGAACCCGACGAUUACGGUACGUUUCACUAUCAACCCCCUGGCAGUGUCUGGCCUCAAGGUCAAUCGCCUGGACAUGUAUGGAGAGAAGUACAAGCCUUUCAAGGGCGUCAAGUAUGUCACCAAGGCUGGCAGGUUUCAAGUGCGGACAUGAAGAGGUCCAAGACCAACCUUGAUCGAAGUGAAAUACGCUGGAAGUGUAUUAUACAGGACUGGGCACCUUUCGCAUUCAAUUGAACUUUACGAACAACCUGCAAGAAAACUGCUCAGUGUGCAAUUUCCCCACUUAUAUGCCUGGUUGGCUGGGAGAAAAAGAAGGGGUGGAGUUGGCAGUAGUGAUGACAUUCUCCUGUUGAGCGCAUUCCAGACAGCCAAACGAAAGAUGCGAAAAAUAUGGCAGUUUGCAUCCCAUGGAAAAAAGAAGAGUUCUUUUGCAAAAGCAUUUGCAGUGGUGGAACGGGGUCUUGACAAGACUGCCUGGUUUGAUUUAAUAAGCUGUCAUCUAGCCUUACAAAAACAAGCCAGUUUCUUGCCGUCAGAGUAUUAUGAAAACUCUGCCCCAUUUCUCAUUAUCCUUUAGAAAGUCUCGUUGAGACAUGUUGGAGUCCCAAAGCCAGGCAGCAAGCUAAAUUCAUACCAAGGACACAUUUAGAUGGAGAAAAGUGUGGAUGCCAUCCUGAAUGUAUGGUCGUCAUAAAAUGUUUUUAUAGUUUAGUCCACUUGGUGCAAAUACAGACUUUGUCUGGGAACAAAUAGUUUCGAGGAAGAAACUUUUUGCACAGAUGCUUCUUUUUUUGUAUGUGCAGACAUAAAAACCAUGGAGACUGGCUUUGUAGAGCCUAUUGAGUAAGAUUCGCUCAGGGUAAUGCUUCUGUGUGUAGCAACCCUUUAGAAGCUUUACUGAUUAGCCCUACCUGUGUCUAUCAAUAUUCUUUGUAAAUGAACUUAAGCAGCAAAAGUAAAAUACUAGAGAGGUGAAAGCACCACAAUGUUGAUUCUACGAUUAAAUGCUUGAGAUAUUUUUUUAUAAAAUCUUAGUGCUUUUUUCUCUAAUUGUUACGUCGUAAAAUUGUAUGCUUUUUUAUGUACAGGCAGGGUCAGAAGUUUACGGGGUGCAGGUUUCAUGAAAAAGUCAAAUGUCAGCCCAGUUUUAGUGUGCAGUCCACUGUGAAUGCCCUAAAACAGCAGAACACUGUUGGUUGCGUACAUGAGUACGCAGCACAUUUGAAAUCAAGGCUGCGUGCCCAGGGUCAGGAAAUUUCUGCAUUUCCUUAGAUUCCACAUCCCGUAAACAUGCGCAUGGUUUUGCGCAGCUGCAUCUGUUGUGCCAAUUUGUAAUUUUUGUAUAUUCAAACCAUAUUUGGAGACAUUGCAUGUCCAACAGGUAAUUGAGAAUGACUCCUUUUUGUGGUAAUAUUUGUACAAGUGUCAGGUACGAUGCUCUAACAUGGCUGUUGUGAUGAAAAUAUGUUGCACACAUGUUGAUAGCGUCUUUUGACAGCGUUUUGAUAUUGCUUGCAAAAGAAAGGCCGUUGAUAGCCUGUUGGCUUCCUAAUCUCACCGGACUGUCUUAGGACACUUGGGAACAGACUCAGUGGCUGCAAGACUCCCAUUUCAAGCAGCUGUUAAGUGAUCACGGUUACUUUUAUAAAAGCCACGCUGUAUGCGAAUAAAGGUGUACUAAAUGUG